UUCAGAGACAGAAUCACAGACAGCUUUCCCGUUAUGCGUUCGGAACAUUGUAGAAUGUUGGUAGGCGCUAAUUAAGUUCAUCAUUACGUUUCCAAUAUUUAUUAAUAAGAUGAAAAAUGACUAAAUUUUGUGAAGAAAAUUGCACAAGUGAUACUUCAUUUCAUGUAAAAAGAUAUCAAUAGAACAAUUCCAAUCGUGUAACUUCAUACGCAUGCGUGAGUUGUGUAUAUGUGUAAUUUGUGAUACACAAUUGAGUAGAAUAAUAGAAUUUAUGCAAGAAUCAUAUAUCUUCGAUCUGGAACGAAAGGUGUGCCCCUUUAUAUAGGCCAUUUUGUUGUGCUUUGAGGUUUAAGGGAAUUGUUGCUUCAGGCGCAAAUAGGAACAACACUGAAGAUAAUGGAGGAAAUCAUAGAAAUUGUAAAAGUUGAGGAAGAAAUAAUACUGAAUGAUGAAACUUCUCAAAUCCUGCUUGAUACAGAUGGCUCAGAGAAAGAAGUUGUAAUAACUACUGAGGAUGUAUCUGGCAAUGUAACAGCUAUUUCUCAAAGUAGCCAAAUUAUACAAAUUAUAACAGAUUAUGAAUGUGUAACAUGUCAUCGCAUUUUUCAAUCAGAAGAUAUGCUAAAGGAACAUUUAGAUGUCUGCAGAGAAGAAGAUGAUUCUACAAAUAUAUUGGAAUUAGGAAAUUUAGAUAACUAUGAUUCUGAGGAUGAAGAUGAUGUUGAUGAUCCAGAUUACGAAUUCAAUGACACAAAUAUUGAAGAUACUAAAGCACAAAAAAAUAACAAUGAAAAGCCAACGAUCAAACCUGUACCAGAUACACAAUGCCACUGCUGUGCUGAAGAUUUAAAAACAGCACAUAGUGGUGGUGAAUUUAAAUGUUUAGAAUGUGACCUAUCAUUUAAAAAAAAUUCCUCUUUAGAAAGACAUAAAAUAGUCAUACAUUGGAAGUGUGAAUCUUAUACCUGUAGUGAUUGUGGAUCAACCUUUCGUGAUAAAAAAUCAUUAAAUAAACAUCGUUAUACUACACAUGUCAAUCGUAACAUAUUCAAAUGUGAUACCUGUGAUACGUAUUUUUCGCGUAAUUAUCAUUUAAAACGUCAUAAAAUGCAAUCUGGUUGUCAUGGAGAUAUACGUAAAACUUUUGAUUGUCAAGUUUGUCAAAAAGUUUUUACACGAAAAGAUAAUCUACGUGAACAUUUGCGUACACAUGCUGGAGCACCUCAAAGACAGAAAAAACCAUGUAAAUAUUGUUCUAAGGAAUUCUUUACUACUCAACAAUUAAUAAUACAUGAACGAUUACACACUGGAGAAAGACCAGUACAAUGUGAUUUAUGUCCGAAGACAUUUCUGUCUUCUCUUGCACUAAAAAAGCACCGUCGUGUACACACAGGAGAGAAGCCAUUUGAAUGCAAAUAUUGUCAAAGAAAAUUUGCGGCUCGUGAAACAUUAAAUCGUCAUCAAAGAACGCACACUGGAGAAAAACCUCAUGUUUGCCAGUAUUGUGGAAAAUCAUUUAUUCAAGCAGCACAAUUAAGAGCACAUGUUUUUCAUCAUACUGGUGAAAAUGGAUUUUAUUGUGAUAUUUGUGGUAAAGCAUUUAAUAGAAAAGCUCGAUUGAAUGUACACAAAAAAUUUGUACAUGAAGGUGCAACACCAUUUACAUGUGAAAUAUGUGAGAAAGGUUUUACCCGAAGAGAAGAUUUAGCAAAGCAUACAUUAUUGCAUACAGGCAUCAAACCAUUUAAAUGUGAUAAAUGCUCAAAGGCCUUUUCUGCAAAAUCUUCAUUACAAGCCCAUCUCAAUACUCAUAGACGUGAACCACCACAAUCAUGCGUUGAAUGUAAUCGUGUUUUUAUAAGACAAGAUUGUUUAAUGAGACAUGUCCGAGCUAAACAUCGAGAACUUUUGGAGGAUGUAAUGGAUGAAGUCGAAAGAAAGCAUUUACAAACACAAUUAUUCAAUAUCGCUUCUAUUGCUGCAGAAAAAACAAAAGCAGGAGAAUCUAAAGUACUUUCUACAGACGAAUUGUUAAAAGCAAUUGCAGAUCUUUUAAGGAUACUUAUCGACGAAGAAACUUUACAGUUAUUUGGUUGGCCUAACGCUCCUAUUCAAGAUAUUUUAGAGGCCGUGAUUAGACGUUGUGGUCAUGAACCUCUAACAUCAGAUAGUUCUUUACUUUUCAACGAAAGGUUAAGAGCGAACGUAAAACUUUUAUUUACAGUCGUUAUUGAGGAUGAAACGGUAAAGUCACUAUUAACAACUAAAACCGUAGAUCACGUUAUUCUUCAUGUUUUGGAAAUUUCGCAAAAAUGAAAUUUUGAUGUAUGUAAUUGUUGUCUAAUUAUACAUAAAUGUUUGUUAUUAUAUUAAGUAAUAGUAAAAGUGUUACAAAAAUUUUGAUAGAAUUUGUCUAAUAUCAAAUUUGCAAAUGGUUAAUAUUUGGAUAAAGAAAUAAUAGUAUUAUACAUUUAAUUUUAUUAUUGUAAACUUAUUUUUACUGCAAUUGUAAUGUAUUUAUGCAUUACAUACUUCUAUGAAUAUGUUUUAAGAUUGACAUAAAUACUCGAUACUAAAUAUGUAUUAUUUUAUUACUAUCCAGAAGGAGCAAGAGAUACAGUAAUUAUUGUUAAAUUCUGUAAUCAUAUCAUAAAAUACAUUUCUUACAAUUAUAUGUACUUACAACUGUAUUAAUUCAUAUAGAAUUACUAUAAAAUAAUAGAACUAUAAGUUAAAGAAAUAAUCUUAACAAUUUCUAUUAAUAUUUUAAUGAAAUUUCAAAUUCAAACUUUUAAGACUUUAUAAUAGUUCAUCAUCCCCGGUUUUAUAAUGGUUUACGCCAAUAAUGACUACAGGAGUAAUUCUUGAUCAAUUUUGAUAAACAAGCUUUCAUUUUAAAGAUGGAUUUAAGUUAGAAGAUAACUUCCCGAAUUUUUAUGAAAGCUUUAUUUUCUUGGAAAAAAUGUGCCAAAGAAUGGUUUUUUUUUUUAAAUAGUUUAUACAUAAAAAUAAA